AUGGCGACAAUUGAAGCUGUUGACGGGCUUGCGCCCUUACGGGAGACGGCGACGACGAACAAGCCCGAGGUCAACGGACCUUGUGAGGUCGCUCCAAACCCUCUAAUCGACGACCUAAAACCAAACAACCUUCGACGUGGCGUCUUGAUUCCCCUCAAAACGACCCAAGAGGUCCGGCAAGACCACGUUAUUGUGCAGGCUUGGAUUACCAGAGCUCCCACCAAGCUGGCCAACGAUGUCAUCUCAGCCUUGCGUAACAUGCGACCCGAUGCUAGUGCUAAUCCCCUACCUCAUCUUCGCAGAUGCGCCAAACCCGCUGAUCUUCCUGCCCACUUGAAGACUCAGUUCAUGAAUGACACCCCAGCAGGUCGCCAGAUCCAUACCGCAAAAUCAACCUGGAUCUAUAUUAUUGUUGGAGAGGUCAAAGACUUCACUCGGGAGGAUCUGACCAAUGCCAUGACCAGCGUUGAAGGGCUCGACAAGGAUCUGUUCACUUCAGUCAUUUCCAUCCCUUUGCUGGCACCAACGUCCCAAGUCCAAGCUGCCAUGUGGUCGUCACAAUUUUGGCCGACGGUGUAUCGAAAGAAUAACCCUCUCGGUCCUCACCCCAGCAUAGUGGCUCGUGGGACUGACGAGGUCAAGGAAGAUGCCUCACUAUGGAUGGCGCUGGCACACCGUGUGGCCCUCCAGGCCAAGGAAUCCGGAAUCGGCGAGGCUAUAGGAGCCGUCAUCGUCCAGAGAGAUGGAGCCAAGGCAGAACUCGUCGGUCUUGCCGGGGACGCUCGCUGGCAUCAAGAGUACAGCGACGAUCCGUUUGGCUCGAGCAAUCCGAUGACUCACUGUGUGCUCCGAGCUAUUAGCAUGGUUGCCCAGAAGUUAGUUCGACACGAACGACGGGUCGCUGGUCGUCCAGUGAACGUCCCGAAUCUCGACUACGACGCAUUCCAAGAUGCCCCCCUGAUUGAGUUGGAGAGGCGGUGCUUUGAGCAAGAUCACCCGAAUAAGGACGGCUACUUGUGCCAUGGUCUAGAGCUUUACGUCACCCACGAGCCAUGUGUCGCUUGCUCGAUGGGUAUUCUCCAUUCGCGCAUGGGGAGGGCCGUAUUUUGCAAUCACAUGCCUCGCAGCGGAGGAAUGAGCUCAGAUGAUCGUCCUGAUGGAGGUGGACGAGGACUGGGACUCUUCUGGAGACGCGAGCUCAACUGGAGCUUGAUGGCAUGGGAAUGGGAACGUGAGGCCGUUCCCGACCUGCCUUCUCUUGACCCCACCACUCAUGUUUAG